AUGCGCAUCACCACUCUCUCCCUCCUCCUCCUCCCCCUCGCUGCCGAAACCGUUGCCGUGCCCGCCCCCACCGAUAACAGCACGUGGGCCGAAAUUCUCACGGACAUCCCGUUCCCCAACGACCCUUGCAAGAACGGUAACCUGGCUUGUUUCAAGUAUGGGAAGCAAUGGGAGCAAGCAAUGGCCAAGAAGAAGGCGGCGCUGGGGAGCACGCGGAAGCUUACGACACUUGAGGAGAUAACAGGGAAUGGGGCAGCGGUCACGAAGGUUGGGCUAGAGAGAUACAAGAAAAAGAAAGACGAGGAGGUAAAGAAGGCAAGGGAGGGCCGGAGGUAG